UUGACAGUGCCUGGAGGAUCUCUCCAAGGAACUGAUGGCAGAGUCAAAGAAAAAAGUGAUGCUUGCUGCAUAACCAGGAAAGAUCAAACCUCUCCCUCCAGCUUCUCCCCUUCUGCUGAAAUAUGUUGCCUGGGUUGUUUUCUGUCUGGAGUGCAUAAGGACACUGACAUAGAAGAAUGUGUGAGGAAGAGGACAGCACUGCCCUUGUUUGUGACAAUGGGUCAGGGCUCUGCAAAGCUGGCUUUGCUGGGGAUGAUGCUCCAAGAGCAGUUUUCCCUUCCAUUGUGGGUCGUCCCAGGCACCAGGGUGUAAUGGUUGGAAUGGGUCAAAAAGACAGCUACGUAGGUGAUGAGGCUCAAAGCAAGAGAGGAAUCCUAACCUUGAAAUAUCCCAUAGAACACGGCAUCAUUACGAACUGGGAUGACAUGGAGAAGAUCUGGCAUCAUUCUUUCUAUAACGAGCUCCGUGUUGCACCUGAAGAACACCCAACUCUGCUGACUGAAGCACCGCUGAAUCCCAAAGCCAACCGAGAGAAAAUGACCCAGAUUAUGUUUGAGACCUUCAACGUGCCAGCCAUGUAUGUAGCUAUUCAAGCUGUUCUGUCCCUCUAUGCUUCUGGACGUACUACAGGGAUUGUGCUUGACUCUGGGGAUGGUGUCACCCACAAUGUACCAAUCUACGAAGGCUACGCCCUGCCGCACGCUAUCAUGCGUCUGGACCUGGCUGGCCGUGACCUGACAGACUACCUCAUGAAAAUCCUGACAGAACGUGGCUACUCCUUUGUGACCACUGCGGAGCGUGAGAUUGUCCGUGACAUCAAAGAGAAGCUGUGUUAUGUGGCCCUGGACUUUGAAAAUGAGAUGGCCACUGCUGCCUCUUCCUCCUCUCUGGAAAAGAGCUAUGAGCUUCCCGAUGGUCAGGUGAUCACCAUUGGAAACGAACGCUUCCGCUGCCCAGAGACACUCUUCCAGCCAUCUUUCAUUGGCAUGGAGUCUGCUGGCAUUCAUGAAACCACUUACAACAGCAUCAUGAAGUGUGACAUAGACAUUAGAAAGGAUCUUUAUGCCAACAAUGUGCUGUCUGGUGGCACUACAAUGUACCCAGGUAUUGCAGACCGGAUGCAGAAGGAAAUAACUGCUCUGGCUCCCAGCACUAUGAAGAUCAAGAUCAUUGCUCCCCCUGAGCGUAAGUACUCUGUCUGGAUUGGAGGCUCCAUCCUUGCCUCCCUGUCUACUUUCCAGCAGAUGUGGAUCAGCAAACAGGAAUACGAUGAAGCUGGCCCAUCCAUUGUUCAUCGCAAAUGCUUUUAAAUUGCUUUAUCUUUAUACGUCUCCUUAGUCUAUUACUGUGAAUGUAUUCGGGAAAAUACAUUCUCAUCAUUUUGCUCCAUAAACCUUUCAUCACAAUUUCUCUAAUGAGUUGGAUACUGUGUAUUUUAUAAUAAAUCUUAACUAUGCUAUGAAAUUGCUGCUCCUAUUUAAAACACCCACAAGCGGCGCUUCUGCGGAGGUACAAUUACCGCUGCCUCGAAGCUCCAUCUUGUGACACGGACUUGUUACUACAUCAUAUUGGGCCUAACACGUAAAGGACUUUUUGCUCAAUGAUGGAAGUGUUAGAAAAUGCUCAGUUAGCAUGCUGCAUGUUGUCACAGUUUAGCCUCAAAAGACACUUUAGUCUGCUAGCAGAACCAGUCUGGAUAUUUCCAAGGUUCUGGGCAGUACUAAGGGAGCAUAGGAUCUGCUUGAGAUCAGGAUGAGCACUCUACUUUGCAGCUGCACUAUCGAGCAGUAUCAUCUAUCCCUAUCUCUGCAUUACUUCACACCUGUCAGCUUGGAAAAGCUGAUUUAUGACAGCAUGUGGCCUACAGGUACACAAUGCCUACUAGCAAAAUUCCAUGCAUUUCUUUAAAGAAAUAAACCGUGUUCCUUUGGGAGCACAUCGAAACACUGACGUCAGAUUGAUCACAUGGGCUUCCUAGCCUGUGAUCAUCAGACUGUUCUUUUUGUGAUCUGUGGCAAGGUCUAAAGGGUAAUUAAGCUGGCUUAAUACACUUUCUCUUCAGAACUGUUUCCUUUUUGGAGUGAUGUAAUGUAAUCAAAGUAGAUCAUGUAGACAGUUUUCUUUUUCUGUGAUUUUUCUCAUUCCAGUUAUAGUUCUAAAUAUAUCAAGACUGAUAUUCAACUAGAAGUAUAUGCAUAGAAGCUGAAGUCAGUAAUACUGUCUUAAAAGUAUAUAUAUGAAUAUAGAUUUUAUUGAGACAGACCUGGAAAAGGUCUGUUCUAAGGAACUUGCUGCAAGCUGUAUUCAUUAGUGUUCAAGAUAAAGGAUUCUAUUUAUUUUUGUUACCCAUUUUCUUGUCUAAACUCAAUAGUUUACCUCACUGUUACUUAUUAUAUUUCAAAUGGUAAGCUUUUUGCAACAGCACCUACUAUUUACCAUGUCUGCCUAACCCCUGGGUUCCAGAUCUUGUUCAGCUCUGACUGUUAGCACAUGUUCUCAACUUUUUUGUACUAAUCUUAUUAUUUAAGGUAUUGGUCCAUCUAGCUUCUUGGAACAGAUACUAAAUAAACUCUUGUAAGAGCAAAUAA